GUAAGAGGCAAAUACAAAUUUAUCUGAUCAUUUAUUAGCGGUACCUGUAGAAUAAGUCCUUCAGAACAAUAUUUGAUUUAGAUGAGCAGAAUGGCGGCACUAAAUAACAAAAUCAUCCCUAUUGAAAUAUCCAUGCGGAGCCUGAAAUCAGAGGCGGCUGGACCUCGAGGAAGAAGAUAUUCCAUCAGCACCAGAUCUAGUUCUACGUUCUCGCAGAAUGAUCUGAAUGAGGCCAUUAUGAAUAUGCUUCAUUCAGCACCAAACCAAACAUGCAGAAGAAUAUGUGUUGGUAACCCAAUCACAAUUAUUGGACAGAGAAAACAAAUGGCAAAAAUGUUGGCAGUUGUUUUACUUCCGUUACUGAUAUUGACCAUCAUUACAGCAGUGGAUUUUUCUAAAUCCUUAACAAGUUACAUCAAUACCGAUGCGAUAGCCGAACAAAUAGAUUUUGGAGUAAAACUUGGUGGUUUUCUACUGGCCCUGCAAAAAGAACGCGACAUGAGCUCCCUUUAUUUAAGUCAAAUUGGCCUCGAUUCAAAAAGAGAAUUAUUGCUAGCAUAUCCAGAAACAGAUGGCGCUUUAGAUAAUUUAUCUUCGUGGCCUGUUAGUCCGAGUAAUAAACAGCAACAAUACCAGUCACGCGAACAUUUUGUCAAUUUUCUAAAUAGACAUCGAUAUGAACUAGAUUCUAAUAAUGCAACAGGAACUGAUGAAAUUAGUUUUUACUCGCAGACUAUUGAAAUAUUUAUUAAGUGGAUGUACGACUCAGUCAGUGAGUUGGAUACUGGAACUAUUUGGAAGACACUAGUUGGGUAUCAAGAAUUGAUCAUUGCGAGCGAAUAUAUUGGUCGAGAGAGAGGCUACGGAAUAUAUUACUACGCUACAGGUGCAUUCAUGGACCGGAAGCAUUAUUUACUCUUUAUGGAAAGUCAAGACAGCGCAAGAACACAUUUUGCAUCAGCUAGAAUGUAUUCUGUUACUGCUUCAGAUAUUUAUCAUACAACCCUUGACGCCCAGAAUCAAACGUUGCGCGUCAUUAACGAUUUGCGAGAAGAUAUCAAAGCUAAUAAUUCAUCAGUCUCGGAAGGAUCACUUGAAAAGGCUAAACGAUGGUAUGCAAACAUGAGUAUCUACAUGGAUGUUAUGAGAUCUGCACAGAAGGUGUUAACCGCUAAGAUCAAUGGACUUCUGAAAAACAACUCCAAUGCUGAAAUGAAAGAAAUGAUAAUAGCGGGUGUUAUCUUUUCUGGAAUUGUAAUCAUAAGUCCAGUGAUAAUAAUGUUUGUAUACAAAUUGACAUCGAAUAUCCAGAAGUACUCAUUAAACAUAGCUAAGAAAACAAAAGCAGUGAAUAGAGAAAAGAAGCAGAGUGAAGCUGUUUUGUUCCAAAUGUUACCCAGGACAGUGGCAGAGGACCUGAAACAGAAAGGAAGCUUCAAUGCUGAACAUUUCACAGAAUGUACAAUAUUUCAAAGCGAUAUGGUCGGUUUCACCCAGCUAUCGUCAAACAGUUCACCCUUUCAAGUGACAGACAUGUUGAACACGUUAUUUUCGUGUUUUGAUGAUAGAAUUAGUAUAUAUGAUACGUAUAAAGUGGAAACAGUCGGAGAUGGCUACAUGGUGGUAUCAGGUGUACCUAGACGGAACGGAGUGAGACAUGCUUCUGAAAUCGCCACUUUGUCCCUGGAUUUGUUAUAUCAUGUAAACAAGUUAGAACUUCCACAUUUAGCUGGUGAAAGAUACAAGAUCAGAAUAGGAUGUCAUUCAGGUCCAGUAGUAGCAGGUGUGGUUGGUUCUAAGAAUCCUAGAUAUUGUUUGUUUGGCUCCACAGUACGAAUCGCAGCAUUGAUGGAAUCAUCGGGAGAAACAAACAAAAUACAGAUCAGCCACUCCUCUUACUCACUAUUGAGUGCCAUUGGUGGAUUUGAUAUGGAAGAACGACAAACUAUGACUGUUUUUACGAAAGAUGAAUUGAAGAAACACAACUGUCCGGAAACGACCUACUGGUUGAUUCAGAAGGAUUUUCAAGUCUGGGAAGGUUAUUCUACAAUUUCAGAUGCCUCAUCAUUCGGGUCUUCUCUUUGAAAUGAUACGGUUUCUUUUCUUUUUGUGCGUGUAAUGUUUUUGAGUGUAUCACUUUUAUUUAAAUAAAAAAUAAUUUAAAAGAA